AUGGCGUCCAAGGCCAUGUGGGAGGUAGACCCAGAGACCAGGUCCAAGCUGGCUGCUCUUCAAAAGGAAUCGAACAACAAUAUUUGUUGCGACUGCGGUGCGCCCUCACCGCAAUGGGCAUCCCCCAAGUUUGGCAUCUUCAUUUGCCUCACGUGCGCCGGCAAGCACCGUGGCCUCGGUGUACACAUCUCCUUUGUUCGAAGUGUCUCCAUGGACGCCUUCAAGUCAGUCGAAAUCGAGCGAAUGCGACUUGGCGGAAACCAAGGCUGGCAGGAAUUCUACGAAGCGCAUGCCGACUCGAAAGUCACCUGGGACGCGGGCACCGAGUCCGAUCGGUAUACGGGAGAGAUUGGUGAGGAGUGGAAGGAGAGAUUGACGUGCAAGGUGGAGGGCAAGGAGUACGUCCCAGGAGAGAAGAAGCCAGCUCCCGCGCCAAAACCGGCCUCGAGGCAGCCCAUGUCGCCAUUGAGCGGAACUGCGAACCGAAGCGAGAGCCCAGCUCAGGGUGGAAAGGUAAAGGUGGACGACCAAUACUUUGCGAGAUUGGGCGCAGACAACGCCUCGCGUCCAGACCACCUACACCCAAGCCAAGGAGGCAAAUAUGCAGGCUUUGGCAAUACACCUGGGCCUGGCCCCCAAAGCCCAGGUAUAAUGCCAACGUUUGACGAUGUGCAAAAGGAUCCGGUCGCGGCUCUGACAAAGGGCUUUGGGUGGUUCACGACAACCGUCUCUAAUACAGCAAAAACUGUCAAUGACGGCUAUAUCCAGCCUGCCGCAAAGAACUUUGCAGAGGGAGAUUUCGCCAAACAGGCCCAACUCACCGCGGCACAGUUGGCAAAGCAAGCCCAGAUGGCAGGGAAGAACGCACAGGAAGGAUUCAACCGCUUUGUCGAGGGAGGUCAGGAGCAGCACGGCACUAGAGCUCCUCUCAUGGAUGAGAGCAAGAAGACAUUCUGGGACGAUUUCUCCAACCUGGCAGAGCAGAAGAAGCAGCACAGCAGCGCCAUUGGAACAAGCGCAAUGGGAAUGGGAAAAAAUAGAGCGGCGGCAGCGCCACAGACUAAGAAGCAAGGGGACGAUUGGGACGACUGGUGA